AAAAAAUCUAGAGAAGGAUCAAUAAUAUUCAAACACAGUUUUUGCUAUAAAAGCCGAAGUUAUUUUCAUACAGAGGAACAAACAGAGAAAUGGGUUCCUCAAGAUUGCUAAUUUUCUUCAUUCUUCCUAUACUCUUGGUCUUGGACCCUCUUGCUCCUGCCAUAGUGGGCGACCAUAUCAGCGACGGUGUUUGCACGAGGAUAGCAGACUACUGCUGGAGCUGCUCCAAUACUAACAACACCUUCAACAAUGGCAGCAUCUACAAACAAAACCUCAACACCCUCCUCUCCUCUUUGCCUUCCAAAGCCCAAAUCAAUCCCAGAUUUUACAAUUCUUCUCUGGGACAAGCCCCCGACAAAGUGAACGCAAUUGCCGUAUGCAGAGGGGACGUUGCACUCAAAGAUUGCCUCACCUGUUUCAGCAACUCUGUUUCCAUUCUCCUGCAGAACUGUACUAAUAAGAAGGAAGCAAUCAUAUGGGCAGAGCGCUGUACGGUUCGAUACUCGAACAUCUCGAUUUUCGGUGUGCUUAAAUAUGAGCCUGUUAAGUUUGUGCCGAGCCCAAAUAAGAUAUCAAACGCUGAACAGUUCAAGCAGGUGCGCGACCCCUUAUUUGGAAAUUUAAGUGAGAAAGCUGCAGCAGGGGACUCUGUUUUAAAAUUUGCAGCAGGGAAUGCGCUGGUGCCUGUAACAAAUCAAAUUAUAUAUGCAACUGUCCAGUGCAGCCCUGAUUUGGACAAACAAAACUGCAGCGAUUGCCUUAAAGAGUCCAUCUUAGAUAUUCCACAGUGUUGUGGUGGUGUGGGUGGAGGAAGAGUUCUUAGACCCAGCUGUUAUUUGAGGUUUGAGUCCAAUCCUUUCUAUGAGUCUGGAGCAGAUACCCUAACAGGGGGCGGUGUUUGCACGAUGAGAGCAGACUACUGCUGGAGCUGCUUCAAUACUAAAAACACCAACAAUGGCAACAUCUACAAUCAAAACCUCAACACCCUCCUCUCCUCUUUCCCUUCCAACCCCAAAAUCAAUCCCAGAUUUUACAGUUCUUCUCUGGGACGAGCCCCCAACAAAGUGAACGCAAUUGCCGUAUGCAGAGGGGACGUUGCACUCAAAGAUUGCCGCACCUGUUUCAAGGACUCUGUUUCCAUUCUACUGCAGAACUGUACUAAUCAGAAGGAAGCAAUCAUAUGGGCAGAGCGCUGUACGGUUCGAUACUCGAACAUCUCGAUUUUCGGUGUGCUUGAAUAUGAGCCUGUUAAGUUUGUGCCGAGCCCAAAUAAGAUAUCAAAUGCUGAACAAUACAAGCAGGUGCGCGACCCCUUAUUUGGAAAUUUGAGUGAGAAAGCUGCAGCAGGGAACUCUGUUUUAAAAUUUGCAGCAGGGAAUGCGUUGGUGCCUUUAACAAAUCAAACUAUAUAUGCAACUGUCCAGUGCAGCCCUGAUUUGAACGAACAAAACUGCAGCGAUUGCCUUAAAGAGUCCAUCCCAAAUAUUACAGAGUGUUGUGGUGGUGUGGGUGGAGGAAGAGUUCUUAGACCCAGCUGUUAUUUGAGGUUUGAGUCCAAUCCUUUCUGAGUCUGGAGCAGAUACCCUAAUAAACCUUCCAAGAGCCUUGUGAUUUUUGCAGGAAAUAAUACGAGUAUCAUUACAAUAAAAGUGUCGCCACCGUCGUUCUGACAAUUGGUAUUGUCAUUAUGCUUGUGAGAGUCUGGAAGCGAAGCAGGGCAAGAAAGUUUAUUCAAUUUUGUUUUAUUACAAUUUUGAAUUUAACAAGGGCACUCUUCGUUUGUUGGUCCUUGAAUUUGUCAAGACCCAUGUAAUAGGGUUUUGCUUUGUAGUGUUCCUUUUC